CUAUCCUUAACAUCAAACCCUGUCUCCUCCUAUGUCCCAUCCCUCCCCUUCUUCAACCCAAUCCUCAAAUCUCUCAAUCUCUUAUCGAAACCCUAAUUUCCCCUUUUUUUAACCCCAUCUUUGAUUUUUGACCAGUCUCGUAAAGUUUGAAACUUUUAUGAUUUCCCAGCUUUGCGUUUGAAAUUCAUUGUCCUUGUGAAUCAGGGGCUUUGUCGAUUGAUCCGGUGCACGCGGGUCUAUGGCGAACGGUACGGAUUCGGAGCGGUUCGUGGUGCUUUCUGGGGUCCGGACGGGUCUCAAGAGAGAGUUUGCCUUCGCCAUGAAGGCUCAGUCUGAGAUCUGUGGCUCUCUCGGUCGAACCCGGUCCGGCAAGAACCGGAAUGUGGUUCAAGUUCUGGACCGUCCGGUUCGAAAGAGGUCCAGAGAGUCCGGUUCAUUGGAGGCCAAGAACGAUAACCCGAAUGGUCUGGUUAAGACUGAUGAGUAUGUGGGUGAUGCUAUGAGCGAGGAGGAGGCAAAAAGUGACGUGGUGGACCUUGAGGAACCCAAAAACCAAGUAGAAGAAUCGCAGGAAAAGAGGGAAGAACUCGAGGGUGAAGCUCCAAUGGGGGCUUCUGAAGAGGAACAGAAGAGUGAUGAUGAUGUUGUGGUUGAAAGAGGGAGCGAGGAUGAACCUAAAACUGGUAAUCUAUUGGAGUGUUCGAAGGAAGAGGUAAUGGAUGCAAUGGCACGAGAGGGAGAGACAUGUUCUCUUAAGGAAGAAGGGGUUAUUGGCAAUGAUUGCAAGGUGAAGGGUGCUUCUGUUGUGAAGCUGCCAAGGAGGUUCACGCGAUCAACACUGAAGGAAAAGGUGACAAAUGAUGAAAAGGUGGCAAAUGAUGAGGGAGAUGGUAGUGGCAAAGGUGUUGAAAAUGGUGAUGGUGUUAAGAAGGAUAUUGAGGUUGGCUUGGUAAUCAAAACCCCAGCUCAAGUAAAAAAGUCAAAGACUUCUACCGGGAAGAAGUUCCCUACGAAGCUGAAGGACCUUCUAGCCACAGGGAUUCUUGAGGGACUAUCUGUGAAUUAUAUCCGCGGCGUGAAGGCACGAAGGCCUGGUGAAACAGGGCUUAGGGGAGUGAUUAGUGGCAAUGGGAUUGUGUGCUAUUGUGAAAAUUGUAAUGGGGUUGAGGUUGUGACACCCACUGUGUUUGAACUGCAUGCUGGUAGUUCAAACAAACGCCCCCCAGAGUACAUUUACCUUGAGAAUGGGAAUACUCUCCGUGAAAUCAUGAAUACGUGUUUGAAUGUUCCGGUAGAUACCAUGGAGGAAGCUGUCCAAAAGGUCCUUGGUGGCUUCACUAUGAAGAAAUCUAACUUUUGUUUUAGAUGCAGAGUUGACAAUGUUGUGUCAAGACUAUUAUGCAUUUCAUGCAUGGAGCUGAAGAAUUGUCAGCCUAGCCCCGCUCAAACACCUGAGACUAGCAAUAGCUGUGAUUCAGUAGCUGUUCAGUCCAGAUCCCCAGAACCUGUUGUGAUUCCGAAAUCAUUAAACAAUGGAAUGAAGCACAGCACAUCUCAUGGUAAGAGUCAGGGAAGACUAACUAGGAAGGAUCUACGCUUGCAUAAGUUGGUCUUUGAUGAAGAAGUGUUGCCAGAUGGAACUGAAGUAGCAUACUAUGCUCGUGGCAAGCAACUAUUGGUUGGUUACAAAAUUGGAUUUGCAAUUCAUUGUAGCUGCUGUGACUGUGAGGUUAGCCCUUCUCAGUUUGAAGCACAUGCUGGUUGGGCGUCACGACGGAAACCUUACCUGCACAUAUACACAUCUAAUGGAGUCUCACUCCACGAGUUGUCCAUCUCUCUAUCAAAAGAGCGGAGGUUUUCUACCAGUGAUAAUGAUGAUCUAUGCACUAUAUGUCAAGAUGGAGGGGAUCUUUUGUGUUGUGAUGGAUGCCCAAGAGCUUUCCACAUUGAUUGUGUUCCUCUUCCAUGUAUUCCAAGUGGUACCUGGUAUUGUAAAUAUUGUCAGAAUGUAUUCCAGAAGGACAAGUAUGUGCAGCAUAAUGCAAAUGCUGUGGCAGCUGGAAGGAUUGCAGGCAUUGAUCCUUUAGAACAGAUAAACCAGAGAUGCAUUCGUAUUGUCAAAACUCAUGAGGUUGAGAAUGGUGGAUGUGCAUUGUGCAGGAGCCAAGAUUUCAGCAAAACCUUUGGUCCUCGAACAGUAAUUAUUUGUGAUCAGUGUGAGAGGGAAUAUCAUGUUGGGUGUUUGAAGGAGCAUAACAUGCAGAACCUAGAGGAAUUACCUGAAGGGAAUUGGUUCUGCUGCUCAGAGUGUGAUAAAAUUUAUACUGCUCUGCUGAGUUUGGUGGCCCGUGGGGAAGAGAAUCUUCCCGAUUCCCUCCUAAGUCUGAUUAAAAGGAAGCAUGACGAAAAAUGUUUAGAAGCUGGGUCUGAUCUUGAUAUAAAAUGGAGGGUUCUGAACUGGAGAUCGUUUUCUUCUGAUGAGACUAGGCAAUUGCUUUCAAAGGCUGUUGCUAUCUUCCAUGAGCGGUUUGAUCCAAUAGUUGAUUCGUCUUCAGGCCUUGAUUUCAUUCCGGCAAUGCUUUAUGGAAGGAACAUCAAGGGUCAAGAUUUUGGCGGAAUGUACUGCGCAUUGCUCACUGUCAACCAAGUGGUUGUGUCCGCGGGAUUAUUUCGUGUUUUUGGGCCAGAAGUAGCAGAGCUUCCCUUAGUGGCAACAAUUACCGAUUCCCAAGGACAGGGUUACUUCCAGUCCCUAUUUUCUUGCAUUGAGAGACUCCUUGGAUCUUUGAAAGUGAGAAAUUUUGUCCUACCAGCUGCUAGUGUAGCUGAAUCCAUAUGGACCAGUAAAUUUGGGUUUACAAAGCUAGACAAAGAUGUGAUAAACAAAUAUAAGAGAGCUUAUCACAUGAUGGUAUUUCAAGGGACCUCGUUACUAGAGAAGCCAGUUCCUGCACUCUAAAAGUACUUUUCACCUGGAGUGUGUAAAAUUUUGGGGGAUGUCUCAUUUGUUUUUGGGUACUAAGCAGAACACACUCCUUGAAUGAAUGUACAGGAUUUAUGUUUGGUGUACAGAAAAGCAAUCACUCCUCUGCGGUAGCUGUCAAUAUUUUUUGUAGUACAGAAAUUAAUGGAGGGGUUGGAUUUGAAGGUAGAGGAAACUAGGACAUAUCAGAUUUUGAGAAACUUACAAAUUUUGAUGCUAAAUUCAUUUUUUAGUUGUAAAAUUGGUUUGCACUUGAUUCUAAUUUGGUACCAUGUUUUAGACGUUUCUUUAGAUAAUUACAUCUGCA